UCCAACACAUAUUUCUCCAGUGCUCGCUGGUUGUAACUGUUGAAGCUCACAGCCCUCACGAAUUUGAGUUUAUAGUUGAAGCUGAGAGAGAAGUAAUGGGGAGUGCGCCAUCAAUGCUUACUCAAUAUGACAUUGAAGAAGUCCAAAGUACUGCAAUACUUUGUCAGGAAAUAGUGUCUCUGUACCAAAGGUUCUCCCAACUUGAUCGUAAUGCCAAAGGAUUUAUUUCAGCUGAUGAGUUCUUAUCUGUUCCUGAUUUUGCAACGAGUCCACUUUCUCAGGUGUACGAUUCAGAUCGCCAUGGGAAAGUGUCUUUUAAACAUAUGGUUGAAGUGCUCAAGGAUCUGUCAGCUCCAUUUAUAUCUGAUGAACAGAGAGAGGUAAUGAUCAAAUAUCGAUACUUUAACUGAAAUACUGUUUUGAAAGUUUGCUUUUCUUUUUCUUUUUUUUAACUGAAUUUUAGUUUAUGAGAUAUAGUAUUUAUGAAUUUCUAAAUAAAAUUUGGAUCUUGGGGUUCCAAAUUAUGGUAAAUGAAAUUAUAAAUUAGAGAGAAUAAAUUACAAAUUCUUCAGAUUGAUUAAGUAAUUUCUCAAGAAAAAAAUAAAUAAUGAGGUUAAGUUAUAAAUAAAAUUAGGAUAUAGAGUUGCAAAUUAUAAUGGAUGAAAUUGCAAAUCCGAGAGAGUAAGUUGUAAAUUUCUAGAGUUAAAUAAAUAAUCUUGUAAAAUUUAAUAUUUAUUUUUUUGUUUUUAUUAAAAAAUUGUGUUAUUAAAUUAAAAUGGAAAAUCAACUGCAAAACAAAGUAGAAGGAAAUGUAAAUUUCAGAAAGCAGGCUGCAUAUUUGUGAAUUUAAAAUUGUCAGAAAAAAUCAAUAUAUUUUGAAAUUUGU